UGCUAGCUGAGCUAACUUGACAGUUGGCUCGAAUUUAAAAUCAAGUUUAAAACGCCGGGAGGCAAACUUCAGCCUGUUUAUCUAGGUAACGCCAUACUAAAUGGUUUAGCGAUAUAGUAGUUGGACACACUUUAUACUCUUGAGGACGAGUUGAUAUGUGUCUAUUUAAUUGUAACAUUUCAUUUCCUCGUUGAAAACUAAACGAAACAGUGGACGGUUUCUUUGUUUGAUUUGACCUCCAGUGGGAGCCUACAGGUUAGGUAGUUUUAGCUAGCUAAUCCGAGUUGAGAUAACUAAUCCGCGUUUGAAAAUCCUUUCACACUUCUCAGGACACAGUUGAAGAGAGUCGAGGAAGAGGAGUGUCUUACUCCAACGUCCGUCAAAAUAAAGACGUCAAGGUUCCGCUCAACAAGUUACCAAAACUCACAAGUUUGGUGGUUGGACAUUUCUUAGACCGAAUGGAAACUUAACGUAAACUCACAUUAAUUGCGCCUGAAAGAAUGCGAAUAAACUUGAAGUCUUAAAACGGAAACGCAAGGAGGCGUGUGAAAUUUAAAGUGUCACUUCAGCCGUAGGUGCCAGCCGAGUGCAGCUCUUCUUCGGGGCAUGAAACCUAAAUCCAGUUUUGCAUCGAGGAACGAAGCGACACGAUGGCAGCCUACGUAAGAAGGAGUCGACCUAAGUUACUUUUUUUUAUCUUUGGUGUCACUUUAGUGGGAUAUCUAGUAUUUUUCAGACACAACUCCCCCGGGGAAGUGAGCGCGACGAACCGACGAGAGGCCCCCGGAGUGCGAGAGGCGACACAUGAACAGCUUAAGAAACCCGUCUACGAGAAGCCCCCCUUGGAUUUAAAUGCCCUGGGUGAAAUGGGCAGAGCCGUCAAACUGAAUCUGAACGGAGAGGAGAAAAGAAAAGAGGAGGAAAGCAUCAAAAAGCAUCAGAUUAACACUUAUGUCAGUGAUAAAGUGUCACUACACCGCACGCUGCCAGAGAGAUGGGACCCACUUUGCAGAGACCUGAAGUAUGACUACCUGUCCCUGCCAACAACCUCCGUGGUUAUCGCCUUCUACAACGAGGCCUGGUCCACCCUCUUGAGGACAGUCCACAGUGUGCUGGAGACAUCGCCUGACAUCCUGCUGAAAGAGGUGGUGCUGGUGGACGACUAUAGCGAAAGUGCUCAUCUGAAGGAGCCAUUGGAGAAGUACAUCUCAGGUUUGAGGAAGGUGCGUCUGAUCCGGGCCACCAAGAGGGAGGGGUUGGUGCGGGCCCGGUUGUUAGGGGCGUCCAUUACCACGGGUGAUGUACUGACCUUCCUGGACUGUCACUGCGAGUGCCAUGAAGGCUGGUUGGAACCCCUGCUCCACAGGAUCAAAGAGGAGCCAUCAGCUGUGGUGUGUCCUGUCAUUGAUGUGAUCGACUGGAACACCUUCCAGUAUUUAGGGAACUCAGGCGAACCUCAGAUUGGGGGGUUCGAUUGGCGGUUGGUCUUUACUUGGCACGCUGUCCCAGAGUACGAACAGAAACGCCGUCGCUCGGCCAUUGAUGUCAUCAGGUCUCCUACUAUGGCAGGUGGUCUGUUUGCUGUAAGCAAGAACUACUUCCAUUACUUGGGGACAUACGACACAGGGAUGGAGGUGUGGGGAGGAGAGAACCUGGAAUUCUCCUUCAGGAUUUGGCAGUGUGGGGGCAGCCUGGAGAUCCACCCAUGCUCCCAUGUGGGUCAUGUGUUCCCUAAAAAGGCCCCUUACUCACGGAGCAAAGCUCUGGCAAACAGCGUGAGAGCCGCUGAGGUCUGGAUGGAUGAAUACAAAGAGAUCUACUACCAUCGAAACCCCCACGCACGACUGGAGGCCUUUGGAGAUGUGACAGAGCGGAAGAAGCUUAGAGAGAAGCUGGGCUGUAAGAACUUCAGGUGGUAUCUGGAUAAUGUUUACCCCGAUAUUCACGUCCCAGAGGAUAACCCAGGCAUGUUUGGAAUGCUGAAGAACCGGGGAAAGACAAACUACUGUUUUGACUACAACCCUGCAGAUGAAAACGUGGUAGUGGGCCAAAGGGUCAUCCUCUACCCGUGUCACGGCAUGGGUCAGAACCAGUUCUUUGAAUACUCCAUGGAUGGUGAGAUCCGCUAUAACACAAGGGACCCUGCUGGAUGCAUUGCGGGUGACAACAUCAGUACCUACCUGACUGUUCACCUGUGUAGAAAACGAGGGGAACCUGUAUCUGCAGACCAGAAAUUUGUCUUCCGAGAGGACGGGAGCCUGUACCAUGUGGUGAGCCAGAAGUGUGUUCAGGCGUUAGACAAGACAGACAACGGGACACCAGCCCCCUCACUCCAACCUUGCUCUGACAGCCUCUACCAAAAGUGGUUCUUUGAGGAGAGAAUGUAACGGUAUCAACCUACAAUAUACAGUAUAUACAAAUAUAUAUUUUUCAAUCAGGGCCAAUAUCCUGAGGAGGGAUAUGGGUGGAUUGAAAUAAAUGCUUUUUGAUAUGUUUGCCUUGCCCUAAAAGGAGCCCAAAGGAGGAAGCGUCUGUGCUCCCUUCCAAACUUCAACCUUUGCACAUUUCUGUGCCAGCUGGAUUUAAUAGACCAAUAGAAAAUUAUACUGAUAAUUAUGCUGAUGAGAUACUUUGUGUGUGUGUGUCGGAAUAUAUAUAUAUAUAUAUAUAUAUUUAGGAAAAAUAUUUUCUUGUAUUGUUGUUUUUCUAAUCAAGGAGAUACUUGAGAAUUAUUGAUGACCUGCACGUUUUUUUUUCUUGUUUUUCAUUUACACACUCCACUACUGGUAAAAUGUUUGAGAAUGAGAUAAAUUUAACUGACUUGCUUUAUGUACACAUGGACAAACACGGAAACACCUGUGUGCACCUGUCUGAAUGAAAAUAAUAACUUAUACCUCUGUCAACAAGCUCGGAGCCUCUUGUGAGCUAGUGGCUGACAUUAUUUUUCAGAACCAUAUCAUGAGGCAUUUUAAAAUGUUUGCAUCGUCUCCUGUAGAGGGGGCCAACGCUCCUCUCUGCAGGUUCCUUUCUUUCACUGUGUUGUCUGUUUGUCAAGAGAAAGUGGGACAAAUCUACAGAUAUUUUGUUAAGAACCUUUUCAGGACAUUUUGAGUGCUUGCUACUCUUACAUACUAGUGGCUUCGAAAAAAAGCCUUAGAUCACAGGCAUUAUGAAAGUACCUAGUACCUCUUCAUAUUAAUCACCUAACUACUGAUAACAGGAGAAAAUCCAGUGUUAUUCCGUUCUGCUUUGUCUAAAGUAAUUUUGCGAUGCAUAUUUAACUGAGGUAAAAUUACAUGUUUCAUUUAGCUAGUUUUGUAGUAAUUUUUGUAACUUUUUUCCUCGACGUGGUGUACUUGCCUGUUUUGUGCUCUGUAAAUGGUGUACAGCUUCAAAAGACUAAAUCAUAGCCAUAUUUGAUGGAUUUACUUCA